CUGUUUAUCAUUAUUGUUAAUAGAUUAUUUAUUGUUCAUGAUAAGAUCACUUUGUUAAUUGAAACAUGGAGCGACCACCUGAAAAAUAUAUUGCUACCACAAGGGUGACCACCUUAUUAUAGCCCUCUAGGACGUCAUCCAGCCCGUCAUCGGACAGAGACAGGGAGGACCAACGACAUCUUGAAAACUGCAGCAUGACCAAAGCCUGUCGCCGAGACAUGGAAGGGGAGUCGGUCCACCUUCCACUUAUAACCUACACAAAGGCAACGUAAAUAGGUCUUACCUCAGGGAAUCUGGAUCGGUGGUCGUUGAAACCAAGAUUGGGGGAGGAGAAGUAGAUCUCGCCCCCGGCCACGACUUCUAGAGGGGGUAAGACGACAACGACGACGACGAACUACGAUGGCGGCGAUGGUUGUCGCGGUUGUAGGUCACAAUCCACCACUUCUGCCCCCCACCGAAACACCACAGCCGCCUUCUCUUGUUGCUCCUCCGCGCCGGCGUCGUCCACCGGAUCCGACUCCGCCUUCUUUCACCAACCGUGCUGUCGCCUUGCCUUCGGUCUCCUGAAGUCGUUGCUCGACUUCAACGCCAAUGGAAGGGAGCAGGAUGUUUCUCCGCGUGCGCGCGGGCGUUUCCGUUCGCGAGAAGCCACCGACUAGGGAUGAAUAGGGCUCCUCCUCGCCUGGUGUGAGAGAGAAGGGAACGUCACUAAGGGGGCGAGGAAGAGGAGGCGAUGCAGGAGUAAGGUAAUAUUGUAUCCCCUAUAGAGGCUAGGGACAUGAGGUGCGGACAGUCUUAGACCAUCUGCACUACAGUGCGUGAAAACUCACGGUAAACUGAUACAAUGAAUGGUAGCGUAAAAAAACUUGCACCGCUGCACGCUACAUUUUCCUGUAUAGCUAUGUAGCUAGAGGUGACAAUAGACUCUAAAUUUUACACUAUAAGAUUUAAGGAUCGGAUCGAAUUAGAAUCGAACUCUAUUUCUAUUCAUUUUUGAACUAAAAUUUAUUUAGGGUCAUACCAUUUUGUGAAGAAGCAUUUGAAUCGUGAUCCAUUUUCACCCCUAUCUAGCUAAAGUAAAGCACUAUGUACAGCGCACACAAAAUCUUCAUGUAUCCAUAUCGGCUGCAGCAAAAGCCCUGUGUUAUAUAGAGAGAAAAAAUAGUUAGGUUAGAAUGUGUAUUAGUUGAUAUAAAGGGAAUAUGGAGGGAUAUAUGUACGAAUGAUUGUAAUAUAGAGUAAGAAAUUUUGAUGACUAAAUUAUGAAUUGUGAUAUAGAGCAAGAAUAUAGAGUAAUGUACACUGCGCUGCUGGUUCUGGGUCUGGGCGCAGCCGCGCACAGAACAGAGCAUGUAUACAUGGAAUGCUCUGUUAACUGUCGGCCUGUGUUUAGGAACGCGAUAUAAAACAGAAAAGGGCAGGGGGAGCUGGGAAGAAGUUGCCAACUAGCGUAUCGGCGGCGCCACCACCCAACCGCUCAACCACAUCAGUGCACAUUCAAAAGCGCCAAGAACAGAUCAGAUUCUGCCCGCACAAAGCUGAGAGCUUCCACGUCAAGAAAGACACCAACUUCUCCUCUCUUCCUCUGCGCCUCUCUCACUCUAGCACAGAUUCUCACUUCUCCUCGUCCCUCUCCAAAGCACACUAGCUCUCUGCUCUCCCCAAAAGCAAAAGGAGCCAGCAAUUGAUCGCUCCACCACCCCACGCCGACCGAUCAUAAGGAACCGUAUUCCCUUGGCCGUCGCCUUCUCGCAUUCUUUUUUUUUCACACCGUCCCCUGCUUCCGCUGCUCCGCCCAUGGCGGCCGGCGGCGGUGGAGGCCCACCGCCACCUGGGCCGCCGCCGAUGGUGCGGAGGCUGGCCGUAGAGGUGGUAGACGCCCGCGACCUCGUACCAAAGGACGGCCUCGGCACGUCCAGCGCCUUCGCGGUCGUGGAUUUCGACGGCCAGCGGAAGCGCACGCGCACCGUGCCGCGAGACCUGAGCCCGCAGUGGCACGAGCGCCUCGAGUUCGCCGUGCAUGACCCGGCGAACAUGCACGCCGAGGCGCUCGACGUCUCGCUCUACCACGACCGCCGCUUCAACCCCUCCGGCGGCGGCGGGGGCAGCGGCAAGAACCACUUCCUCGGCCGCGUCCGCAUCUACGGCUCCCAGUUCUCGCGCCGCGGGGAGGAGGGCAUCGUCUACUUUCCGCUCGAGAAGCGCAGCCUGCUCAGCUGGAUCCGCGGCGAGGUCGGCCUCAAGAUUUACUACUACGAUGAGCCUGCAAUGAUGCCGCCGCCUCCGGAAGACAAGCCGCCUGAGCAGCAGGCCGACAACGCGCCACCGCCGGAGGUGCCGCCGGAAGCGCCGAGAGAGCUCCCAGAGAUGCCCGCACCGACCGAGGCCGCCGUCGAAGUGCAGCAGCCGGCGGCGCAACCUCCGAUCAUCAUCGUGGAGGAAGCGCCCAUGCACCCACCGAUGAUGAUGCCGCCGAUGCACGGGCCACACGGCCCCCACGGUCCGAUGAUGCCGCCGAUGCACGGCCCUCACGGCCCCAUGAUGCCGCCACCGAUGCACGGGCCACACGGGCCAAUGAUGCCGCCACCACCAGAGGCGCCGCAGCCAGAGCCAGAGCCCAAACCGGAGCCGGAGUUCGGCGACCAGUACCCUCCCGAGGUGCGCAAGACGCGGAUGGCGUCGAGCACGGAGCGCGUCCGCGUCGUGCGCCACCCGAGCGGCGGGUUGGGCCCGGAUUACUAUGCGCCGUCUCCCCGCGUCAUCCCGGGGAGGUUUGUGUCCACCGGCGAGUCCGUGGAGCCGGUGCAAUCGUCGUCGUACGACCUGGUGGAGCCGAUGCGCUACCUCUUCGUGCGCGUCGUGCGGGUGCGCGGCAUACGCGCCUGCGAGGGCCCCUACGUCAAGGUCCAGGCUGGCCCGCACUCGCUCCGUUCGCGGCCAGGCCGGGACGUCUCCGGCACCGGCAAUCCCGAAUGGAACCAGGUGUUCGCCAUCAGCAACGCCAAGCCGGAGCCCACGCUCGAGAUCUCCGUGUGGGACGGAGGCGCGCCCUCUCCUGCCGAAGCCUUCCUCGGCGGCGUGUGCUUCGACCUCUCCGACGUGCCGGUCCGCGACCAGCCCGAUGGCCCGCUGGCGCCGCAGUGGUACAGGCUCGAGGGCGGCGAGCCGGGCAUGGUGACGGGGGACAUCAUGGUGGCGGUGUGGAUAGGCACGCAGGCUGACGAAGCGUUCCCGGAGGCGUGGAACACCGACGCGCCGUACGCCGCGUACACGCGCUCCAAGGUGUACCAGUCGCCCAAGCUCUGGUACCUUCGGGCGUCGAUCAUCGAGGCACAGGACCUUCGCGUCCCGGCGCCGCCGCCGGGGCUGCCGUUCGACGUGCGCGUCAAGAUACAGCUCGGCUUCCAGUCGGCGCGGACGCGCCGGUCGGUGGCCAGCAGCAGCGGCUCCGCGUUCGCGUGGUCCGAAGACCUCAUGUUCGUCGCGUCCGAGCCGCUCGACGACAACCUCAUCGUGCUAGUGGAGGAUCGGUCCAUGAUCAAGGAACCCGCGCUCCUCGGCCACGCGACUAUCCCUGUGACCUCCGUCGAGCAGCGCCUCGACGAACGGCAGAUCGUCGCGCCGAGAUGGUUCAACCUCGAAGGCGGGACGUCAGGCAUCGGCAUGCCCCACGGCUACGACGGCGGCCCACCGGCUUUCUACUCCGGGCGGCUGCACCUUCGGCUCUGCCUGGAAGGCGGGUACCACGUGCUCGACGAGGCGGCGCACGUGUGCAGCGACUACCGGCCCACGGCGAAGCAGCUGUGGAAGCCGCCCGUGGGCGUGCUGGAGCUCGGCAUCAUCGGAGCGUGCGGCUUGCUGCCGAUGAAGACGAAGGGAGGCGCCAAGGGGUCGACCGACGCCUACUGCGUGGCCAAGUACGGCAAGAAGUGGGUGCGCACGCGCACCAUCACCGACAGCCUGAACCCACGGUGGAAUGAGCAGUACACGUGGCAGGUGUACGACCCGUGCACUGUGCUGACGGUCGCCGUGUUCGACAACUGGCGCAUGUUCGCCGGCGCCGGCGACGAGCGGCAGGACUACCGCAUCGGGAAGGUGCGAGUGCGCGUCUCCACGCUGGAGAGCAACCGGGCGUACACGGCGUCGUACCCGCUGCUGGUGCUGCUGCGGUCGGGGCUGAAGAAGAUGGGCGAGGUGCAGCUCGCCGUGCGGUUCUCGUCUCCGGCGCAGCUACCGGACACGUGGGCCACGUACACGACGCCGCUGCUGCCGCGCAUGCACUACCUGCGCCCGAUCGGCGUCGCGCAGCAGGAGGCGCUCCGGGGCGCGGCCGUGCGCACCGUGGCCACGUGGCUGGCGCGGUCGGAGCCGCCGCUGGGGCCGGAGGUGGUGAAGUACAUGCUCGACGCGAACGCGCACACGUGGAGCGUGCGGCGCGCCAAGGCCAACUGGUUCCGCAUCAUGGGGGUGCUCGCCUGGGCCGUGGGUCUGGCGCGGUGGCUGGACGGCGUGCAGCGGUGGCGCAACCCGUCGACGACCGUGCUGGUCCACGCGCUCUACCUCGUCCUGGUGUGGUACCCGGAGCUGGUGGUGCCCACGGCGUCGCUGUACGUGUUCAUGAUCGGCGUGUGGUACUACCGGUUCCGGCCCCGGGCCCCUGUCGGCAUGGACGCGCGGCUGUCUCAGGCCGACACGGUGGACGGCGACGAGCUGGAGGAGGAGUUCGACCCGGUGCCGCCGCCCGAGGUCCUCCGGCUGCGGUACGAGCGGCUGCGCACGCUGGCCGGGCGGGUGCAGCGCGUCAUGGGCGACGUGGCGGCGCAGGGCGAGCGGCUGCAGGCGCUGGUGAGCUGGCGGGACCCGCGCGCCAGCCGGAUCUUCGUGGGCGUCUGCCUCGCCGUGGCCGUCGCGCUGUACGCCAUGCCGCCCAAGAUGGUGGCCGUGGCCAGCGGGUUCUACUACCUGCGCCAUCCGAUGUUCCGGGACCCUAUGCCCCCGCCGGCGGUCAACUUCUUCCGCCGCCUGCCCAGCCUGUCCGACAGGUUGCUCUGAGAAACUGGGGCCUUUUUAAUUUCUCGCUCUCCCACACCCUGAUUAUUCUCCAUUUCGCUGUAACAAUAACGAGCUGUGCGAGCAGUGUAUCGGAGGAUAGAAACAACAAAACUGAGAUUGGUGUAUUCAUAAGCAAAUAUAUAGAUAGUGAUACAUUCCAAAAGGAACAUAAAGAUAGUAACAAUAUAGCUGUCAUGGCAAAUCUGCUACAUUUAUU